CUCUUCAUAAUAGUAUAAAAAAUACUGGCAAACACUGAUUUUUUCUGUAAUCGUCUUAUCGUAAAAAUUUCGAGGAAGUGACGUCAUCGGGUUUGUCGUAAGCAGCGGAAGUGAGUUUACAUGCAGUAGUUCACCAACAUUCAAGAUGGCGGGAAUAUGGAGGACGUAUCAGCGUUUGAUGGUUUCUCAUCCAUGGACCACGCAAACCGUCAGCGUAGGUGUGGUGGUUGCUUUUGGGGAUGUUAUAACACAACAAGCAAUAGAGCGCAAAGGAAUAAAUCAUGAUGUGAAGAGAACACUUAAAAUGGGCGCAGUGGGGCUCUUUGUUGGGCCUAUCAUCCGCACAUGGUAUUUGACCUUGGAUAAGCUUGUUGUCGCAAGCAGGAGACCUAAGCUAGAUGCAUUGAAGAAGGUGUUCCUUGAUCAGUCCUUAUUUGCUCCAUGUUUUAUAGCAGUUUUUUUUGGAAUUAAAUGCACAGUCUCUGGACAGACGUUGGAUGAAUAUAAGCAAGUGCUUCGAGAGCAUUAUCUCAACACUCUUAUUGCUAACUACAAACUCUGGCCAGCAGUUCAGAUAGUCACCUUUAGUAUCAUUCCAUUUUCUUACAGGGUCUUGUUUGUGCAGUGUUUUGCUGUGUUCUGGAAUACAUAUCUAUGUUGGAUGGCUAAUAGACCUUCUGAAACUAACACGGAACUAGUGAAGCAAUGACAUUAAUUACAUCAAGGGAUAAUUGUAGCUCCCUUAGGGAAUCAAUGUCAACUUGAGGCUGCUUAUUUACAUUUGCAACACCUUUUUAUAAAAUUUAGAUUUCUCGUU